CAUUUUAUAACUCUGUAGUAAAAGCACGAAGUCAAAGCUUUUCGUUGGGUGCUAACCAAACUACAAUGUUAAUUCCGGAAUAUUCAAGCGAUACUGAUGAUCAAGAUGCGAGCUUAAACACUUCAGAGUCCGUUUCUUCCAUAACAAUAAAUCCAACUCCAGCGGUCAUCGAAACAUCAAAUAAUAGAGAUCUCAUAAGCCGCUCUAAAAGCAAUUUCAAAGAACUGUCUCAUAAUGUUCCAAUUGACAAGAUGCACAAGCCAGUGUACGGCCCAGCUAACCCUUUUCUGACAAAAAACCAAGAAUCUCAAAAAAAUACUAUAACAGGCUACGCUGAGCGCGAGUACGUCCCAAAUGCUGUAUUCAAUCAAAGGUUCAAUAUUUAUGGAAAGCGUAAAACAGAACUUGAGCACUCAGAAAGUGAACCAGAUGAGUCGAGGACCCAUAGAGAGCGAACAAAAGAGAUAAAAAAGUUAAGAAAAGCUUCUGGUGAUUCAUCCAUUCUCUAUGGUGAUAAUACAUACAGUGGUCCUUGGGCCGAUUAUGAUGACAAAAACGACUUAUCGCCGUCUUCAGAAGAGUUCGAAGAAGUAGAGGAAGUGAUUGAAUAUAAAGAUGAAGCUCAAAAACAGGAAGAUAAAGAAAAUGCAAACGUUCCGAUUACGGAGAACUUUGAAGAAAAACCUGAAGUGAAGGAAUACUCCAUCUUCCAUAAAGAUUCUCUUUUUGACUACCAAAACAGAACUUAUCUUCAUGUCCCAACAGACGUUGGCUUAAAUCUCACUGGUACUCCUGGCGAGCAGGUUUGUUAUCUCCCUAAAAAACACAUUCAUACCUGGAAGGGUCACACAAAAGGAGUUUCUUGCUUACGUUUUUUUCCUACAAGUGGUCAUUUACUACUAUCUGGGUCUUUAGACUCUGCAGUUAAAAUAUGGGAUGUCUACCACGAUCGGUCACUAAUAAGAACAUUUCAUGGUCACUCAAAGCCUAUCCGUGAUCUUUCAUUUAAUCAGAGUGGUAAUUCUUUCUUGAGCGUUGGCUUUGACAAAACUAUAAAGUUAUGGGAUACCGAGACUGGUAAGUGCCAGCAGCAAUUUGCUACUGGGAAACAAGCUCAUUGCGUUCGCUUCCAAGUGGAUCCAAAUAGACCAAAUGAAUUUCUAGCUGGCAUGUCUGAUAAAAAAAUACUACAAUUCGAUACUCGAGCUCCAGAUAGUGUACAAUCAUAUUCACAUCACCUGGGCGCCGUAAACUCAAUAACUUACUUAGAAAAUGGUAAACGAUUCGUUACUACCUCUGAUGAUUCCUCCAUGCGAUUCUGGGAAUAUGGAACCCCAAUACCAAUCAAAUACGUAGCAGAUAUCGGAAUGCAUUCUAUGCCCAGAGUUGCUCUGCGUCCCAAUGGAAAAGCUCUCGCAUGUCAAUCUUUGGAUAAUUGCAUUUAUGUCUAUUCUGCUAUCGAAAAAUAUAGACAAAACAAAAAGAAAUCUUUCCGGGGAUUUAAUUGUUCAGGUUAUAGUUUAGAAGUUGGGUUUUCCCCAGAUGGCCGUUUUGUAUACAGUGGUGAUUCCUCUGGAAACGCUUGUUUUUGGGAUUGGAAGACAUGCAAAUUGCUAUCUAAGCUUCCCGCUCAAAACGGCCCUGUGCAAAGUAUGGCUUUCCAUCCUCAGGAAACUAGCAAGGUAGCUACAUCAUCUAUUUUGGACGGAAUAAUCAAAUAUUGGGAUUAAAUUUAUAAUGAAUUUAAUAAAAAAACUUAAUCAUAUUAUCUUUCUAUAAAAUAAAAACAUGCAAGAAUAAAUAACGAUAUGGAAUCGUAGACCUAGUCAUAUUUUUCAUUUCCGCCGUCGACUUCAAAAUCUUGAGAUGCCAGAAUAUAACAAUCCAUAGCCUUUCUAAAUCUAAUUUUAUACUGUUUUGGCGUCACGAUGGUAGGCUCAGGGCCUCUUCCCACUAAUCCUUUCUCUUUCACCCAGCUUUCUAGCUUUUUAUCCCAAGUGUAGGUUCGGAUGAAGUCAAUUAUACCGACAUAUAGCUCACGUUUUUCAUAGUCAAUACCCACAACUAAGGAAUAGUCC